GCGUUAUGGUCAAGGUGCCGUGGUUAAUAUGGCAGCCAAGAGUGUGGCUUCCCGCCUCAGAAGCUCCCGGCGUUUUUUGAGUGGCUUUGUGGCCGGGGUUGUAGUGGGAGCCGCAGGAGCCGGGCUCACCGCACUGCAGUUUUUCCGGAGUCAGAGUGCUGAGGCAGCGCUAGCAGUGAGGGAACCGGACGGAUAUACAGAAAACGCUCUCUUAGGACAAUUUGGAUUCCCUUUAACUGGAACAGAGACAAAGUGUUACACUAAUCAUGCCUUGUCCUAUGAUCAGGCAAAGCGGGUGCCUAGAUGGGUUCUUGAACAUAUUUCCAAAAGCAAGAUAAUGGGUGAUGCAGACAGAAAACAUUGUAAAUUCAAGCCUGAUCCUAACAUCCCUCUAAUCUUCAGUGCUGUCAAUGAGGACUAUUUUGGAAGUGGGUGGUCACGAGGACACAUGGCUCCAGCAGGAAAUAAUAAAUUUUCAAGUAAAGCCAUGGCUGAAACCUUUUACCUUUCUAAUAUUGUGCCUCAGAAUUUUGAUAAUAAUUCUGGAUAUUGGAACAGAAUAGAAAUGUACUGUCGAGAACUGACAGAGAGGUUUGAAGAUGUUUGGGUAGUAUCUGGACCUUUGACCUUACCUCAAACUAGAAGUGAUGGAAAGAAAACUGUUACUUACCAGUCUCCAGUCCAUGAGGCCACAACGGAUACUGGUCCAUGGCCUGUUAGGAGCCCAGCCAUACAGCAGGAAGUGAUUGGUGAGGACAAUGUGGCAGUCCCCUCGCAUCUCUAUAAAGUGAUCCUGGCCCGUAGAAGCCCAGUAUCUACUGAACCUCUGGCACUAGGGGCCUUUGUGGUACCCAAUGAACCCAUUGGCUUCCAACCCCAGUUAACUGAAUUCCAAGUGAAUCUCCAGGACCUGGAGAAGUUGUCAGGACUGGUGUUUUUUCCUCAUUUGGAUAGAACUAGUGGCAUCAGGAAUAUUUGCUCUGUGGAUACCUGUAAGCUCCUGGAUUUCCAGGAGUUCACUCUGUACUUGAGCACAAGGAAGAUUGAAGGAGCCCGAUCAGUGCUCAAACUAGAAAAGAUAAUGGAAAAUUUAAAGAAUGCAGGAGUUGAACCAGAUGAUUACUUCAUGAGUUGCUAUGAGAAGAAACGAGAAGAACUCAAAGCUAAGGAACAGUUAGGAACCCAGACAAAAAAGCUAUCUUAGUUUUUAUCUUAGAAGAUGUGUGACCUUAUCUAUGAUGAAGCAAGUGUGCCCUCGUCAAGCUGAUAUAUUUUAGUGGCUUUGCUUAAAAGUAAUGAUGGAAUCCUAAAUUUACUAUUAAAAAUUCCCCUAAAAGAUGAAGAUCUAGAACUUUUUGGUCAGUAUUGUAUUUGAUUUGGAAACAAAUUACUAAGAAAGUUGUUAUACCUAUAGAUCGAGGUCUAAUCUGUGUAAAGUUAACAGGAAAACUGUGUCCAUAGAUGGAACUGCAUUUGUAUCUCUCUGGAUAUAUAAUAGUAUGUGAAGGCACUGUUUAGUUCCAUUCCUUCAAAUCAUGUAUUGUCUUAAAUGUAUCUGCUUAGCCUUUUUGGAACACAAUAUUGCACUUUUUUUUUCUCCUGUGACGUGAGUUGGUCUUGGAGAUGGCUUUUGGAAAUCCUCUAUGUGUUAGUCUUUCCACUUGUACUGAUCUUUGUUUCUUGUUUCUCCUCUUGUGAACCUACUAUUUUUCUACUUCUGUCUAUAUAGAAGCAUUCAGCAACUAUAGUUUCUGUUUACUUAGUGUGUUCUGUUUGCUUGGCUCAGUGUAUUGUCUCACAAUGACCCUCUGAGAUAAAUAUGUCACUAUCCCCAUUGUGCUUCGGAGAAAAUUGAGGCUUACAGAGCUUAGUAUCUUGCCCAAAGUUCACCUUCCCAAAGAAAUCUGAGAUACAUAGGUCUGGAGUAUGCAGGGUUAUGGAAAGAAAAACUAAGAUAGAUUCGAAUUUUCCCUGACAUGAAUAGAGGCUUUUGACUCAGAAAUAUAUACCUAUUUCCACUGGUGUCUGUGUCUUAGGAUUACUUGGUAAAGAAGUGUUUGGUAUCUUGUCUCCUUUGCAAGCCAAAGGGACUUUAAUGUCCUUUGACUUGAAUUCACCUCAGCUCCUCAGAUAGAGCAACUACUUAGGAGUUAGCACAAAACUUUGUAGGAUUUAUCAGAACCCUUGCUUGCCUCCAGGGGUGCAGUUCUUCUAGUGACCAGAUGGUGCCAACUCAGUGUGUUUUUUGUUUUCCAGAUGAACUUUUGUUAAAAUUAAAGAACCUAAGAAAGGACUAUGCGCAUAGGUUAUGAUUUGCUUGCCUCUGUGCCCAAGUGUCUACCUGGGUAGUAUAGGGCAGGGGGUACUUUGGGCCAAAGGUCCAAAGGCAGUUAUUUCUGGGGGAAACGGUAGUUUUUCUGAGCCAGAUCUGUAGUUUGAGUCCUUUUAUAGACUCGUAUAAGUAUAGGCAGUAAAAUGUUUAGAGGGCAUAAGAUCUUGUCUAAAUCUGUCAUAUUACUGCUGUCUUUCCAAGUGGUAUUACAAGAGCAAUUUUUGUGGUGUUUUUGUGUUUGUCUCUAACAAAUGCCAAGGCUUUAAGAUAAAGAUAAGAUUAUAGUGAUUGACCUUGUUCUGCUCCUUCAUUUGGGUAAAAAAGAAAAGUUGAGGGGUCAGAACACAGUAGCCUGAUUAAUACUGUUCUGUUUUAUCACACUGUUCCUCAUUAACUUGUGCCAAGUUCUCCUCUUUUCAGGCAUGUACAGCCAAAAUGUCACUGUGACCAAACAGUGUUAUUUUCUGUCCUCAUUGGAGAGGUGAUGGUGGGACCUGGGUGUUUCUUCUGGAGCUUGAGGGAGGCAGCUCUGUGGGAUAAGUCCUAGGUACUUACUGCCCAUCUCCAGAGGCAGGCUUCUGACUCCCUUCCCCUGUCACUAUGCUCUUCUCUGUUCUGCUGACCUGAAUUGCCAGCAGUCUUGGAGUUAUUUCUUUUGCCCUUCUCACUCCUGCCUCUCCACUUAGAUGGCAGAGAAUCUUGAUUUUUAGAUCAAUAAGUGUCUUAGGUUUUUAUUUCCUAUGAAAGAUGCUACCUGGUCAUUGUGAAAAAUGGAGAUAAGAGUUUGUAAUAGAAAAUUGCGGUCUGCCUCUCCUCAUUUUGAUAUGUAAAAAUUUUGUUGGAUAUAGCAGUGAUGCCUGAAUUAUUGUCUCAACACUUUAAGAAUACCCCAAAUAAACUUGAAAUGUAAACAUUGACUAGAGCUUAGAAUUUUCUUCUGGGUAAGAUCACUUCAGAUCCUUCAAUGUGACUGUUGCUUACUCUGGAUUCUGGUGCAGCAGAUGCCUAGGCUUCUCUCCAGCAUCAGAUAUGUCCCUCUAGAUGCAUAUUAGAGGAACAUCCAGUUACCAAAUGAACUUGAGCAGAUCACUGUCCAGUCAGUACCUGUCUGGGUCCAGCUGGAUUCUCAGGCUGAGCGUGGAACUCAGCUUUCCAUUCCUUUCACCCUCAGAGAGUCCUGCUCUGAGUGAAGGCUGCAUUCGAAGAACCUCUAGUCUGGUGGGUCCUGUUGCUGGAAGCCCCCAUCUGUGGGUGAAGGGGCUUCCUCCCUCAUCUUUCUCUGCUUUCAGUGACAUCUUUAUUGUGAAAUUCCAAAUUCUUUGGUCUCUGGAUUGAGGCUGUUUCACUAAUUUAUGCAGCAGAAUAAGACCUUAUAUAAUAGUGUAAGUUGCAAAGGUUGGGAGCAUGGAUAUCAGCCUCAAUACUUGUUAGCAUUUCUACCCUCACACUUUGACUUUCACUUAGCUGAAAACUUCUCGCCUACCUUUGGGGCUUUGAUUAGAGCUGUAGGCUGAGCCCUAUACUUGGAAUGACUGAGCAUUGCCAUGUCAUCUGUGUCCCCUGGCUUCAUCCUUGUAAGUAGGUGUUACUGACAUCAACUUUAUGAAUGGCAAACUUCCCAUUUAGCAGUCCAUCUCUGAACCUGUCUCUGCACCAGGGCUCUGCUGUUCGGUUCUCUGCUUAUCCCUCUGCCCUGUGUCUCUUUCCUUCCUUUGGGCCUUCUUGGGACAACUCCAUGCUCCUCCUGGAUCCUCACUCUAUUUCAUUCUGGUAGAGCUGGUCAGGCUGACAUCAUACCUGGCAUGGAACGCCUGCUCCUGCCUGCCUCCACACCCAGCCUCUCAAUCAAGCUUUGUUUUGCUGGAUGUUGUCAUUCUUGGAGAUUGUCUAUCAGGGAUCAACCUACAGGUUGUCAGAGAGGGCCAAGCAAGAUGAACUGCAUGUUGACAUGGGCCCCGUGUAAUUCAGAGCAUUGGGGACGUGGUAGACAGGUUUCUCUUUUCUGCUCCUGAACAUGCCUUUGAGGCCAAUGGACUGGGGUAUCCUGACUGCACGGGAUACCUCUAGGGGUCACUGUGGUCUAAUGCCACACUGCAAGACUCAGUCUCAGCUGUGACACUGUCCCAGCAUAGAACGUCCAGCUCUGUAAGCCACAAAGAAUGCAUUCAGCCUUGCAUCAGGCUCCAGACUCUCAGGCUAGAUGGAAUAGCAGAGUUUAUCUUGUCUGGGGCUCAUAUCACAAUAACCUAGUAGCUUAAUUUUUUCCCCUAACUUUAUUUUGAGAAAUCUCAAGCCUCCACAAAAGUCAAAAGAAGAGUACAAUUAUUGCCCUUCUGUCAAUGUUUUUGUCUUAUUUGUUCUUUUUUCUUGAAACAUGUAAAAGUAAUUGUUUAAAAAAAGUAAGCUGUAGAUAUGACACGACUUUUUUAUUGACAGUUGACUUUUUAAAACUUCAGCUUGUAUUACCAAAGAAUGAGGACAUUCCCUGAUAUUUCUAAAAUAUAUCUAAGAAAAUUACAAAGAAUUCAAUAUUAUCUAA